AUGGACGCUUCGCGGAGCCUUUGCACCAUAAUCUCAACUCUGAUCUGUUUGGCAUCGCUAGUCUGCACAUGGUCGGGGAUGUCGAACAGCACGGACGGCAUCGUCAAUCGCCAUGGCCUCCUCCCGGACGGCAUGGAGUACUGGAUUCGCGUUCCGGCUAACUGGAAUGGCGUGCUCUUAAACGACCUCGACGCCGGCAUCUACCUCCACUACAACACCUCUCAGGCUGCCAUCUGGACCGAAAAUGGCUACGCCUUCUCGGGCACGAGUCGCCGCGCCGACCGGAUCACCAAGUUCGACCCUCGCGCCGAGAGAAACCAACAGGCGCAAGUGAUUGAACUAUUCGCCGAAGAGUUCGGCUGCCCAAAGACGACCAUCCAAUUCGGGUGUUCCGGCGGCGGGGGCGUCGCUCUAGGCGUGGCCGAGGCGUACCCGGACCUUGUCGACGGAGCCAUAUCCGCCAACGGCGGAGAGGGACUCGUCAUGGCAAACCAGCGCCUGGAUCUCCUCUUCACGCUGAAGGCUCUGAUUGCCCCGAACAGCAGCUUGCCGUUGGUGGGGAUUAGUUAUGAGGAGCGGGAGAGCGCCGGUCAGGCUUGGAUCGAGACCCUCGACAAGGCACUCAACACAACCGCAGGCCGGGCUCGGAUCUUGGUCGCCGCGUCCAUUGCGCAGGUGCCGAAAUGGGGCGGAGCUGCGGAACCGUACCUGGCCAAGCCGGACCCGAACGACGAAGAUGCCGUCCUGGAGGCGAUGCUGCGUUCUACAACCGACAGCGCGGCUGCGGCUGUCAGUGUGCGAUACCUCUACGACAGUCCCGCCGGGGUCAUGUCGUGGAAUACCGGUAUCAACUACACCAGCCUUUUCGAGACCGCUGAUGCUACGCAGCGCGAACUCACCGCACGCAUUUACAAAGAAGCCGGACUAGAUCUUGCGGCUGACCUUCAAGCCAUUGAAACCUACCCCCGAGUGCCUCGAAACGAGACAGCCAUCGCCUAUUGGACGGAACGCGCCCUCACCGGAAACCCGCUCGUGCCUGUUCUGCAAGUUACUACUGUCGGGGACGCUACAAGGUCGUCCGCGCUGCUCGCAGCUUAUGCGGCCGGAGUCGAGAAGAACGGCAAAGGUGAGCUCUACCGCCAAGCCGUGGUUGAUUAUCCCGGUCAUUGCACAUGGAAUACGCUGGAGAUGAUGGCAUCUCUUCAAGCUCUCCUCUUUCGUUUAGAGACGGGGUCGUGGGGGAAUAUCACGAGCCCGACUGUCAUGAACGAGCUCGGGAAAUCGUUCCGUCAUAACCAGACAGAGCAGGCGAGGUUCACUGACCCAAGAGUCUUGAGCCAAAAGAACAACCGCGAGUUCUUCCCUUGA